AAACCCUCCCCGCAUUAUUCUUCUCCCCUCCCCUUUCUUCUCUUCCUCCCUACAUUCUCGACUCUCUCUUUUUUUUUUAGGGUUUAAUUUUCAAUUUUCAUCCCCAAAAUCUCAUUUCUCCACAAAUUUUGUUGUUGUUUUUUUUACGUUUACAUCAAAGGACUAAAAAAAAUCUUCAUAAGGAUGAAGAUUUUUACUCUCUCUCCUUCCUUUGAAGCUCAUUUGAAUCAGGUUAUAUAAUUUCUAAUUGAAUCUAAAGUACUAUGAACAAUUGGAGAUUAUAAUGAUAAGUAUUGUUUAAUGGAGCUUUCACCAACAAGUAGUGACCAGAAAACAAUGAAGAGAUGGUUUUUUAUAGACAAACGAGUUGGAUGAAGUGUUAGUUAAGAUAAAGAAAGCAAAAAGAAUUAAUAGUUCUUGCAUUGAAGCAUUGUUUAAACUUGUGGUUAAUGAAGUUAAACUCAGACCACACAUCCUCUGUUCUCAAAGAUCAAGCUUCACCAUCGGUUAACAAAUCAAGACUCGGUAUAUCAUCAUCUAAGCUGACACCUUCUGGUAGAUUCAUGAUGACUCAACAAUGGAAGAAACCUGCGAAGGUCGAUGAUGUUAGAUCUAAUGGUUGGUUAGAUGCAAUGAUUUCUUCUUCUCCACCACGUAAGAAGCUCAUCAAAGAUUUCAACGUCGAAGUAGCUCCAGAAGAUGACUUUGCUCAACGUGCUUGGAUGGUGAAAUAUCCUUCUGCCAUUAGCUCGUUUGCACAUAUUGCUUCACAAGCAAAGAAGAAGAAGAUCGCUGUAUUUUUGGAUUAUGAUGGAACUCUUUCUCCUAUAGUUGAUGAUCCUGAUCGUGCCAUCAUGUCCGAUGCAAUGCGUUCUGCGGUUAAAGAUGUCGCGAGUUACUUCCCAACCGCAAUAAUUAGCGGUAGAAGCCGUGACAAGGUUUAUCAUUUGGUAGGAAUAACAGAACUCUAUUACGCUGGUAGUCAUGGAAUGGACAUAAUGACUUCUUCUAAUGAUCCAAAUUGUUUCAAAUCUACUGACCAUCAGGGAAAGGAAGUGAACCUGUUUCAGCCGGCUAGAGAAUUCAUACCGGUUAUCGACGAGGUUUUUAGAACCCUUGUUGAGAAAAUGAAAGAUAUUAAAGGUGCUAAAGUAGAGAACCACAAGUUUUGUGCAUCUGUACAUUACCGUAACGUUGACGAAAAGGAUUGGCCAGUUAUUGCUCAACGUGUCCAUGACCACUUAAAACAAUACCCUCGUUUGCGUCUAACUCAUGGGAGGAAGGUUUUAGAGGUUCGUCCUGUGAUAGACUGGAACAAAGGAAGAGCGGUCGAGUUUCUAUUAGAAUCUCUCGGACUAAGCAACAAAGAUGAUUUGCUGCCUAUCUACAUUGGUGAUGACACAACAGAUGAAGAUGCAUUCAAGGUACUCAGAGAUGGGAACCGAGGUUUUGGUAUCUUAGUAUCGUCUAUACCCAAAGAAAGCAAUGCGUUUUACUCCCUUAGAGAUCCAUCCGAGGUAACAAUUAUUAAAUCAUAAAUAAUUUCAAACAGGUUUAUGUAUAAGUCAUAUGUUAUCAUGACGUGAUGUGUUUUGUCCGUAAU